AUGAAAACCGUUCGCGAAACCAUUAAACCUUUCCAGAUCGAUACAAUCGGACCCGAAGGCAACACAGCUCUUCACGCUGCAUCCAUCCAUGGUCAUGCUGAAAUAGUUCGCUUUUUACUGCGGUACCAUGCUUCGAAAGAUAUUCGAAAUGGUAAUGGACUCACUGCUGAAGAAGUAGCGACGGAUAAAGAGACCAUAGCAGUGUUCAAAAUCCUUGUGCGUCCCUCCUCAGAUUCUGAACAUUUCUCGGGUUCGACACUUGAAAUCGAAUGGCUUGAUUCCUAUAAAAACGCCUACAGAAUCUCCUAUGAAAAUCAUGAGUAUAUGAGACGAUGGCUCACCAAAGUCCCACUACGAAAGCUACUCGACGCAGUUGACAAUGGUUACAUUGGUAAAAUGAAGUAUCCAAGUGAAGAACUACAAAAAAACAUUCAAGAAAUUAUGGAUGUCGUAAAAGAGGAUGGAAAUCCUCUAGGAUUAUUGCAAGUAUACACUCACCCUGGAAUCAGUAUUUUUUCGCGUAUAAAUCAGGACUUAGCAGAAGUUGGCUCGGACUUCCGUUUUGUCAGUACUCAAGCUCUGAUCAAUUCAGGAGAUUUGGACAAUGAAGCACCAAAAGGUCUUGGUCAAUAUAUUUUUGCGUCGAUUCUCAUCAAUCAUCGUUCCUUCCGUCGGUACUAUCAUAAGGGUGACACAUAUCGUGGUGUGAAUAUGACAGAGAACGACCUUGAACAAUAUAAAAUUGGAAAUAUUAUCAUUACUCGCUCGUUUCUUUCUACUUCAAAAAAUCGAGAUAUUUCCGAACGUUUUCUUGCGUACACGAAUCCAAAGAAUCUUCAAGUAGUUAUGUGUAUCUGCAAAGUGCUCAACCUUCGAUCAAGCCUAUACAUUCGAGAAAUGAGUCAAAUUCCAGACGAAGAAGAAGUAUUAAUCGUUCCAUUCACGGUCUUUGAAGUGAAAGACAAACGAGAAGUUGAACUUGUCAGGGAAGGUAUAAAUUGUCGUAUCACGGAGAUCGACCUUGAAGAAUGUCAAUCAAAUUUAGUGUGA